CGCCGCGCCGCGACCAAAUUUACGUCGAUUUGCAGCGUUCUCCUGGUCGCUGCAGCCACAUCUCUCGCUGCGUAAGCAAAAACCAAUAGCUGCACACGACGCACUAGCUGCAAAACCCUAGCCAGCAGCACGCCAUCGCUGGCGCUCUCACCGUCACAUCAUCACUCGCUGGCCCUCACGCCAAAGCACAAUGGCCGCAUACGGCAACACCGGCGACCCUUUGAGACCGGACAACCCCACGCGGCACCCGACGCUGGGCUACCAUAAGAUUAGGGGGCUGGGCGCCCCGCUGCGCAUGAUGCUCUACGCCAAGAAGCAGAACUUUCGCCACGUUGCGUACGGUACCGAUUGUAAUCAGAAAUGGUUCAAAGAGGACAAGGAACUCCUGAAGAAGAAGAACUCCUGCGCGAACCUGCCGUAUCUUGUGGACGGCGGCUUGGUCGUCUCCCAGUCGAACACGUGUGCCCUGUAUCUGGGGAGGAGACUAGGUAUCGACGACGGCAUGAGCGGCACGUACCAGACCUACAACCAUACUGUCUUAGAUCAGACCUAUGACUUGCGGAAUGAUUUGAUGAAGGUCGUGUAUCCCUUCGGCUCCACAAAAACGAAGGCCGACUUCGAGGCGGCGGCGAAGAAACAUUUCGAGAGGAACGUGAAAACGCACUUCACGAAGCUCGAGGGCUUUUGCAUCGGGCCCUUCAUGACGGGAGUCAAACCUCGAUCCGGCGACUUUGUACUAUGGGAGAUGUUGGAUCAACACAUCAUCCUGGCGCGGGCGUUAGAUUUAGAUGACUGGUUAGGAGAGUGCCCGAAACUGGCAACACUGCAUUCCACAAUGCGCGCGCUGCCCGAGCUCGCGGACUACUUCGCGGCGCCGUGCUACGCGGAGUGGUCCCACAACUCGCCGGCGUACACGCACUUCACGGGCCACGGCGACAUGGACCAGGGCGGCACGGUCGAGGAGGACCUCGUGUUUCCUAGGGAAUAACACAUCA